UAUACAACAAAAACCUGUUGUGUCGCAAUAAAAUUUAAAAGUUGAAAUGGAAGGAAAGCGUUUAGAGGCUGUACAACACUUAAAUGCUGCGGAGGAUGCUUUAAAAUCUUCCUUUUUCAAAAGUCCGGAUAGUUAUACUGCAAUUAAAGAACUAGAAAGCGCUGGGUUUUGCUAUAAGCUUGCUAAAGACCAUCAAAACUCCAAAAAUGCAUUCUUACGGGCUGCUAACUUAUCUGAAACACAAAAAAAUUGGCAUCACGCGGCCAAGUAUAUUUUAAAUCUUUAUGGUUAUUUCUGUUUUUGUUUUGUUUUGAGCUUAAGGCUUCUACAAGAGGCUGCGAGAGCUGCCUUACAAGUUGAUAAAAAGGUAGAGGCAGGGGACCUAUUAGCCAAAGCGGGAAACAAUUUUUAUAUUGGAAAUUCCACUUCUUCCGCAACAGCUGCUUUUGAGCAAGCUGGAAAGAUUUUGGAAAGCGAAGAUUUAGAAAAAGCUAUCGAUAACUAUUUAAGAGCUUUUGAUAUAUAUGAGGCUGAUGACCUUUAUCUUCCUGCCAAUAACGUAUUGCGAUAUGCCUUAAGUGCUUCCCUAAAGUAUAAAGACAAGCAAACGACUCUAAAGCUUUUUGAAAAACAAAUAUAUCUGGCAAAAGUAUGCAAACAAGAGGCUAUUUUUUAUACAGCAGUUUCUGGGCUCAUAAUCUUACACCUCUCCUCUGGCGAUUUUGUUUCAGCUAAUAAAGCAUAUAAAAAUUAUUUUAACAGCGGGGAGCACAGGGUCAAUUCUCUUCGGGCCUUCUGCCAAAAGGCCAUCGAAGCCUAUGAAGCUGGAGAUGCAACUCUUUUUGAAAACUGCUCUCGCUUAUCUCCCUUUUCUCUGUUGGACAAUCAAGUGCUUUUUAAAUCAAUAAAAGUCCCUGGAAGCCAUUCUGUUGCGAAAAAAGACAGCGCUGGCAUUGUGAGCGAACGCGAGGAAAGCGACGAGGAUGGCAUCUGCUGA